AUGCGUGAAAGACGUUUCUGGGUGGAUGCAAGCAAAGGCACCGGUUUGUUCUGGGAAAAAACUAUCGAUAUGUGGAAAGAUGAUGGGUUGUGGCUAGAAAAUUUUCGUAUGUCUAAGGGAACAUUCGAUUUCAUUUUCGACAAGAUCAAUGACACUUUAUUGCGAGAACAUACAACUUUCAGAAAGGCUAUCCCUGUGCCAAAAAGAGUAGGAAUUUGUCUUUGGCAUUUGGCUACCAAUGAAGAUUUGCGUUCUUUAGCUUGGCGUUUUGGUAUAGGAAAAGUACAGCCUGUGAAAUCGAUAACGAGGUUUGCCAAGCUAUUGUUGACGUUACUGUGUCUUGUUAUCAAAUGGCCAACGGGCGAUAGACUGCAGAUUAUCGCUGAUGCCUUUCUACCGACAUGGGGCUUCCCUCAAUGCGCUGGAGCCAUUGAUGGCACUCAUAUUCAAAUUGUAGCACCUUCAAAUUCUGCACAAGAUUACUACAAUCGAAAAGGAUUCUAG